UGUGCUGCUUUGUUGAAUGUGAAUGAUUCAUGCUUUUUCAUUCACCAUUGCUUCUCUUUCCUCACUGUUUGUGAUUUGCCUACCAGGAGGAGCUACUAUUCUUACUCCUACUACCUUAAACUGGCAAAGAAGCGCAAGGAUGCCAUGGGUAACACGCGUCAGGAGAUGACGCAUAUGGUCAAUGCAAUGGAUAGAAGUUAUGCUGACCAAAGCACUCUGCAUGCCGAAGACCCUCUGUCUAUUACCUACAUGGAUUCUCACAACUUCACCCCCAGAUUGCCCAAUGAUCCACUUGUGCCGACUGCUGUGUUAGGUGAGGACCUAGUCUGA